UCAUAUUGACAGCUAGCGCGCUCAUUUUGAGUUGUCUAACGUUAGCUACCUUCGUAGCAGUACGAGUUAUUCUAUACUGGGAACGAGCUAGCUAUGGCUAUCGGUGAUACUGAUAGCUGUUGUGUUGACAAAAGAAAAUAAGAUAACGUUAGCAGGUACUUUGGAAGUUGUUAAUUUUCCCUAAAAACGGCCACUGGCUUGCUGGCUACUGAACCGCGGCUAGUGGGCGGGUAAACUAGCUUCUAUGUUAUUUGAAAAGGGGACUACGCUACACCCAGGCACUGGUAGAAUAGGCGUAACGUUAACUCCGAACCAAGGUGAAAAGAUGUCACUUGCUAGCCAGCUAGAAUAAACGAUUUGCACCAUGUGGUGGUCCAGUCUCUUUUCUUCAAAGUGAUUACCUUUAAUAUUAUUGAAAAAUUAAAUGGCUAUUUAAUGUUGGCUGGUUGCUAAUGGAUACGGCAAUAUCAAUGUGGACUAGAGUGCUAGCCAGUCUCCCAGUUUAGCUACAAUUAAAAGCAGGAGCUAGCUAAGCUUAACGUUACUUGAAUAAGUUGGUUGUGUUACUUGAAAACUUGCAACGUGUAUCAACUGGGAUUCUGUUGAGCUAACUUGGAUGCCUUCAUUUUGAAGUGCUGUGGCUGUUCACAACCCCUGUUUAAAAAUAGCGUUUACUUGUCCCACACUCACACACUCAUACCCAUGGGCAAUUUAGACUCUCCAAUCACCUUAACCUGCAUGUCUUCGGACUGUGGGAGGAAACCCAUGUGAACAUGGGGAGUGGGUUGUGUGUGGGGGGGGUAAAUGCUUGUUUGAUUCCAGGAGGACUGGAGUCUCGCAAGAGAAGAUGGAGUCCACAAAUAAGGGAAGAUGUAAUGGCGGAGGACGACCAGCACAAUGUCGUAAGAGCCCUGCCCCGCUGGAGGCGAGGAUAAAAGAAGAGUUUGAGGAGUUUGAGAUUCGGGGAAAGGAGGAGGAGGAGGAGGAGGAGGAGGAGGUGGCCUGGGAAAAGAAGGCGCAGACAGAUCUGCUGGUGAAGGAAGAGUGUGCAAUUGAGGACAUUUCCCUGGUGGUUGUCCCGGAAACGACUGAGCCUGGCCUGACGGGGAAGUGGUCCCAAACCAUGAUGUCACCCCUGGAGCAGACAGAGCUGGGGGUCAAGGCUGAGCCAGACGGGUGUGGGAUCAGUCGCUAUGGCGACGACCUGAUGGGGGAGGAAGGGGAGGAGCCAAUGGGACACGCGCUGAAGGAGGAGCCUGAGGUGGUGACGUGGGACACUUCCUCCCUCUGCGAUGUCCUGGGGCAGGAGACAGGAAAUGGGGAUGACCCCUUCCUGCUGGGCACGGAGAGCUCUGGGGAAGGCAGCGGCCUGUCGGCGAGCGGGGGGGGGCCCAGUGACGGCCCCGGAGACACGGCGUCCUGCACACGGCUGCCUGCAGCACUCACAGAGGGAGACCAGGCCCUGGACCUCACAUACCGGGGCAGUGUGGAGGCGUGCCCGGCGGUGUUCCCCUGCGCACGGUGUCCGUUGUCCUUCACCGUGGAGCUGUACCUGCACCGGCACCUGAAGCGGUCUCACCCCGAGGACCACGCCCGCCUGCUCAGGGCCCGGUCACGCAGGCUGUCGCCUAGCAACACGCCCCCGAGCCAGGCCGUCGCCGCGACGACGACGACCACGCCCGCGAAAGACGACCCGCCGUCCCGCCGGCUCCUGGCGCCCAAGGCCCACACCUGCGCCCACUGCGGGAAGGGCUUCGCCCGGGCGGGCGACCUGAAGGUGCACCAGCGCCGCCACACGGGCGAGCGGCCGUUCCCCUGCGCGCUGUGUGCCCGGCGCUUCGCCUGCGCGGACGUGCUGAGGCGACACCAGCGCACGCACACGGGCGAGAAGCCGCACCGCUGCCCGCAGUGCGGGAAGGGCUUCGGCGCGCCCUACAACCUGCGGCGCCACCAGCGCACGCACACGGGCCAGCGCCCCCACCGCUGCCCCGAGUGCCCCAAGGCCUUCGGCCGCGCCGAGGACCUGCGCAAGCACCGGCAGACCCACGCGCCGCAGACCCAGCGCUGCCCCCAGUGCGGCCGCGCCUUCGGCCGCGCCGAGACCCUGCGCGCCCACCUGAGGGCGCACGCCGGGGAGAGGCCCCACCGCUGCGCCGAGUGCGGGAAGGGCUUCGGGCUCUCCCGCGACCUGAGGAAGCACCAGGUCACGCACACGGGCGAGAGGCCCCACCGCUGCGCGCAGUGCGGGAAGAGCUUCGGCCGCGUGUGGGACCUGACGGUGCACGGGCGCUCCCACAGCGGGGAGAGGCCCUACCACUGCUCCCAGUGCGGCCAGAGCUUCGGCCUGAUCGGGAACUUCCGCCGGCACCUGCUCACGCACUCGGGCGAGCGGACCUUCCGCUGCGCGCACUGCCAGAGGAGCUUCGCCCGGGCGGCGCACCUGAAGCAGCACCUGCACACGCACACGCAGGAGAGGGGGCACCAGUGCCCGCGCUGCGGAAAGAGCUUCAACCACCUGGGCAACUUCCAGAGGCACCAGCGCAGCCACCCCACCUGA